AUGGCGCCGAAAUAUAACUGGACGAUAAGAGGCAAAUACGGACACUGGGAGGAGGUGACCCGCGGUAAUGAUGAUGCUGGGGCCGGGCCACAAAGUUGGGACGAUGCUGGGGCCUGGUCACAAAGGCGGGACAAUGAUGGGGCCUGGUCACAAUGGCGGGGCGAUGCUCGGGCCUGGUCAGCUCGAGGCGACGGUGGUGCUGCGACGUCAAGUGCAACACCAAAGGCUACACCUCCGCCACCACCACCAGCGGAGGCACCAAUGCCUCCGCCAGCAAUGCCUCCGCCAGCAAUGCCUCCGCCAGCAAUGCCUCCGCCAGCAAUGCCUCCGCCACCAAUGCCGCCACAGGAGCCAAAGGCCAGACCUGCAGCAGCAAAGCCAAAGCCUGCGGCUAAGAAGGCUAUAGCAAAGCCACGCAGCAGGGGUGGCUCGCAAAACCACCGCGAGUACGAACGCUGGAAGGAGGACCAUGCCCGCAUGCAACGUGCGGAGUUCGCCCUACAACAAUGUGAAGCCGCCCUCCAGGAAGCCCAGUACGAAAACUGGGCGCUCGAGAUCUCCUGUGAAAAGCUGCAGGAGGCAAACAGCAACUUCUCGGUGCACUUGCAGCGUGCCCAGGACUCACUUCAGAACGAGAAGGAGAGAAACCAACGUUUGCUGGUGGACAUAUCCAAGAGCAUGCACCAGAAGACGGAAGCAGAGACGAAGCACGCCGAGCUGGAGAAGAAGUUUAUAAAGUCCAUGACGGACAAGGACAAAAUCAAGGAGGACAAGAUCAUGGAGCUGAAAGCCGAGCACAAGAAGGACUUGGGGGUCAAGGAGGCUGAGACCAGGAAGGCACUCGACAACAUCGACGCCUUGAAGCGCGACUUCCAGUCUUACAAGGAAGCCGCGACGAAGGAGCUGAGGCAUGAGCGAUCCGAGAAGGCUGGGGGCUGGGUUCUCACCAGUUCGGGGUCUCGGUAUGCAGAAGCGUGUUCCUGUAGCUGUGUCCGUGCACGGUGUUGCAUAACUGGCACUUGCUAUCAGGAACGCUACCAGCUUCUCUGCAGCAACUUCGAGCGGCAGUGGAUCGAGGCUUGGUUCCAACCCAGCUGGCUCAUGCUGCAGUAG